CAUAGAUGUACGGUUCAAGAGCCUAGAAAUUAGCAGCUAAGCGAAUCGUGAUCAUUUCUAGGACCCCCGGAAUCGACGGUCUGUAGGGGACGGCAGGCAGAUUGCUGCAAUCGCGCUGCAUCGCGGGGGGAUCGCUCCUUUCAGGUGGAUCACACUCGUCUAUAGACAUCCACGUUGGAACUGCCCCGAUCUAGUCACAGCGACAUGGCUCAGGUCGCCAUCCCGGCCCUUCCGAAACCUCUGAUGAACGGACACUCUCAUCAUGUGGACCUGUCGACACCGGGACUGGACACCCCCCUCGACUCGCCCAUGGCUACCGAAGCCAACACCCCGAACCUGAUAAACGAGGCUGCUCAAUACGUCAACCUUCCCAACAAGGUACAACCGCCGGAAAAGUUUCACCGGAUCGAUACGAUACACUUGAAGAAGAAACUCUUUGAAGCUCUGGGGUCGAACGAGUCGGGAGAGAGCGAGCAGGCCAGGGUGUAUUGGCAGCAUUUGGGGCAGUUCGUCAGGGGUAAACUCAGAAGGGAAGAGUUUGUAGAGUUGAUCGCCGAGGUGUUGGAGACGCAGUAUCAAGUGACACUGCAUAACCACCUCCUCACGGCGAUCCUGCACAACUCGGUUUCUACUCAACCUAUCGCGACUACCCCUACCCUCCCCAUCACCCCAAACGCCCAACAGCCUGACAUCAGCAAUGAUCCUACUACUACACCCAAGAAAACCCGACCUGCCGGUGAUAUCGACCCGGAAGACACCUCCUCGACCCCAUCCAAGAACAAACGACCCCGCAAAGCCGACCUCGAGCUCGACAUCUCCCAAGUGCCCGACCUCUUGCCCAAACGUACUCGCGUCCGAGAAUGGCUUGGAGGUCUGAACCGGGCCGAGCGGGACAGGUUGAAGCGACUAGGCGGGUCUGGAGGGUCGAACGGAGGAGGAUCGGGAGGUGUACAAGAGAACGACCACAAGUCCAAGAUCCCUGGGGAGAUGCAGAGAGGGUAUCAGGGAAGAGGGAGGUUGAGGCAGAACAGCAAGCCGCUCCGGCCGAACGUCUUGUCGUCCCUCCACCCGUUAGCUCAGUCGACAGGGUACGUGCCCAGUCAGAGACAACUACGGGACCGGAUUGUCGACUUGGCCAAGUUGAACGGGAUGACCGAGGGAGUCGCCGAGGGAAUGGACGAUCUGCUGGGCGCUGCGUUGGAUACGCAUCUGGACAGCUUGUUCUGUGCCGCCCUCGAGGUCAAGGUGCAAAAGGGCAAAGCCGAUGACCACAACACGACGUCGGAAGAUGACAAUAAUGCAAUGGACGUGGACGGCCCGACCGACAUCGGCAUGAAACCCAGCGCACCCACACUCUCGCUCCCACCUCCCCAUCCCUCUUCGCCACGUGCUGCCGGAAUCAACAUCCUAAAGCAAGAUCCCACGUACGAGCUGUCCCACCCGGACCCCAUCCACCUCGAACUCCAAGACUUUCAUUCGCUCUUCACCCUGGCCCCUCAGAUCCAUCCUCACCUCGGUAGCGCGGUCUGGCAGUUGCAGAACGGGAUCGCACUCAGGGAAGAACAGCUGGAGGAAGAAUCCGAGCGGAUGAAUGCGUCUUGGAAGGCUUGGGCGGAGGAGAAGCAAGAGACGGAUCGGUCGUUGGAGAUGUUGUUUCAAGGGCAGAUGGUCGCUGCGAAUUUACAGUCGGCCUUGUCGGGUGGGGUCAUACGGAACGCUCAGGCCGGGCCGGGACCGAGGUCUACGGCGGCGGCCAUGUCUGCCGUUGAAGCUGACAAGUCCAAGACUGAUGGUCAAGGUCAAGGUCAAGGUCGGGACACCCCUGGGCCGUCCGUACCUUCCACUCCGGUACCCAACCAGGCGGCACCUAAUGGACUCCCGAACGGCUCGUCCGCCAUGCCGAACGGUGGAGGUCCAGGUACAGAAUCAACCGCUCGACCUGGCGCUCCCGACCGUCCUCUACCAUCCGACUUGGAGAGGAUCCAACUCCGCCCCCACGCCCAACCUGGGCCUGGGGGGAUCAUCUUACGUCCCAGUCGAACGCUAGGUCUUCAUCUAGGAGGUAUUUCCGGAACGAAUCCUUUGACAGCUAGCGGGACCGGGUCCCUCUUCAACUCGAACUCCAAGGACUAUGAGGGGUACGCAACGGGGUCGAACAGGAAGGAGAUGAUACUUCGCGAGUUGGAAGCGAGGAAGUUAUACAAGGUCGUAGAUGGGCGACCUGUACCGGUACCGAUGGGAGGGGUCGGGGGGAUGCCUCCUUCGAUGGGGAUUCCGAUGCAGAUGCAGGCUGGUGGGAUGGGGAUGCCAGGAGGUCAAGGAGGAGGUCCAGGACAGGCACCAAUGGGACAUGCCUCUGCUGUACCACAGGAUGACGCCACCGGGACCGGACCCGGACCCUCAGCAGGCCUGGCACCUGGGUCUACGGCUACCGGCUUGCCAGCGUUACCGUUACCGCUGCACGGACCUAAUUAUUGGCCGUACGUGGAUCCGGCUUCGAUCUUCAAGGAUAUCUUGGGAUGAGAGGAUGGGCAGUUGAAGUAAACCAUGUCAUAUGGUGCAUGGUGGUUGUAAGCGUGUUGUAGACGUGUUUGUCGGUGGUAGAUUUACAUGUACAUGUUCGAUGUGCGAAUGUGCAAAAUGUGCAAGUGUGAC